AUGUUAGCGAGCCGCUGGUCGGUGUCGGCGACUUGCCGCUGGAACCUAGGGGGACUCGCUUUAGCCGACCCUGAAUUUCACAAACCUCAGCCGGUCGACAUGAUACUCGGCGAGGACAUUUUCAUGGAUAUUGUUCGCGAUGGCAUUGUCAGAGGUAAACCUGGCACGCCCACCGCAAUUAAUAGUGUGUUUGGUUAUUUGCUAGGAGGGCGAUACGUGGUCGCUCUGCCAUUCAAGCCCGAUGCACCGCCGCUCGGCGAGUCUCGGCAAAUUGCCCUAGCACGAUUCCAUAAAUUGGAAUACCGUCUAGAACGUAACCCCCAGUUGAAGGCGGAUUAUCACGCUUGCCUCCAGGAGUACGUGGAUCUCAACCACAUGGAGCUCGCGGACGAUAACCCCCCCGCUGGCCGCAUCCUUUGGCGCCAAUCGCCCGAGGAGCCUCUGCGCGAUUAUAGGCUUCGUACCGUUACCUUCGGUAUAAGUAGUUCCCCUUAUCUCGCCUUGCGCACAAUUAAACAGCUAGCUCACGACGAAGGUGAGCGUUUCCCGCGCGCCUCCCCAGUCUUACUCAAUGACGUCUUUGUUGACGAUGUGGUAACCGGUGCAGAUACCACAGCCGAGGCUCUCGCUCUGCAGCAGGAACUGAUAGAUAGUUCCGUCGCGCUCGCGUGGCUUAAGUCACCCCCGCACGAAUGGAAAACGUUUGUCUCUAACCGCACCAGUGAGAUUUUGUCCCGUGUCCUGGCGAGAUGCUGGCGUCACGUCCCGUCAGCUGACAACAGCGCUGACCCGGCGUCGCGCGGUCUGCUGCCCGCCGCGCUCGUCGCGAUAUUGUGCGUCUACGCGUGCAUCGUUGUAUUCCAUGUUUCCGCGCACGCCCUACCCGCGUGCAACCUCGCAUGGGCAUGCUUCCCUCGGUCCGCUUGCGCCCCGCGCGCAUCCAUGAUGCUGAGCCCCAAGAUCCAGCGCUCCAUCCGCGUGAAUGAUGGCCAGCUCAUCGCUCUCUCCGAGCGGGCCCAGUACGACCACAUACAGGCUGGGUACCUCCACAAACGGAGCUCCGACAACACAAAAUGGCAGGUCCGAUGGUUUGUGCUCUACCAGAACUUGCUGUUCUACUACGAGUCGGAAAACAACAGUCGACCAACAGGGGUCCUUCUUCUGGAGGGCUCUUACUGCGAACGCCUCAGCAAGCCGCUAGAGCGGGCCCCUGUGGGGUUUUGCUUCACCAUCACCUACCGUCGCGAGAGUCAGCGGCAGUAUGAGCUGCGCGCCGCUUCGGAGACCGACUGCGUGCACUGGGUCGACGCUAUACGAGAGGCCAGGUUAGUUUUGCUUCACCAUCACCUACCGUCGCGAGAGUCAGCGGCAUUUUGCUUCACCAUCACCUACCGUCGCGAGAGUCAGCGGCAGUACGAGCUGCGCGCCGCUUCGGAGACCGACUGCGUGCACUGGGUCGACGCCAUACGAGAGGCCAGCUUUAACAAGCUGCUUCUGCAAAAGGAAGAGCUGGAACAGAAGCAGCUCCACCUGCUGCAGGUGGUUGAGAGCGAGAGGACAUCUCGGUGGCAGUACGCUCAGCAGUGCGACGAGUUGAGCAGUGAGGUCAAAAAGCUGAGAACUGAGCUAUGCACGUUCAAGAAGGAGCAUGAUCAGCCGACCCGCACGGAGUCAGCCACCACGUCCCCUAGCCAUUCGCCAGACAUCGACCCGGCGGAGCUGCGCAAAAUUAAGAAAGUCCAGAGCUUCUUCCGAGGAUGGCUGUGCCGGCGGCGAUGGAAGCAAAUUGUCGACCAGUACAUCAAGAGCCCUCACGCUGAAAGCAUGCGGAAGAGAAACAGCUUGGUCUUCAAAAUGGUUGAAGCAGAGGAAGAAUAUCUAGAACAAAUGGAAAUAUUGGUAACCUGCUUCCUCCGUCCUUUCAAAAUGGCGGCCAGCUCCAAGAAGCCCCCCUGCACCCACGAGGACGUCAACUCCAUCUUCCUCAACAGCGAGACGGUGCUCUUCCUCCACCAGAUCUUCUUCAAGGGUCUCACGUCUCGUAUGGAGUCUUGGCCCACGCUCGUAUUAGGGGACCUGUUUGACAUGUUGCUGCCAAUGCUGACGAUCUACCAGGAGUACGUGAGGAACCACCAUUACUCGCUGCAAGUGCUGACUGAGUGCAAGCAGAGCCAGCCGUUUGCUACGUUGCUGGCGAGGUUGGAAAGCAAGCCAGCGUGUCAGGGUCGGUCGUUGGAGACUUUUUUGACGUAUCCUAUGCAUCAGAUUCCUCGCUACAUUAUAACCCUGCACGAGCUGCUUGCGCACACACCGCACGACCACGUGGAGCGUCGUAGCCUGCAGCAUGCGCGAGCGCAAUUAGAAGAACUUUCCAGGCAAAUGCAUGACGAGGUGAGCGAGACAGAAAACCUGCGCAAGAACUUAGCCGUAGAGCGCAUGAUCAUCGAGGGCUGCGACAUUCUGCUGGACGUCAACCAAGUCUUCAUCAGACAAGGAACGAUUUCACAAGUGGUUGGCAAAGGCCGUCGAGCCUCACUCCAAGCCCGCCAAGCGUUCCUGUUCAGCAACCACCUACUCCUUAGCACCAGGGCUACGGGAGGAAGACUGCACCUACCACCAACUGGAAGGCUGCCACUGCAUGACGCAUUGCUGGUUGAAGAUCCUAGCAGUCAUGAUGAUGAUGAUUCUACAUCCGUCUGUUCUUCCCCAGGAGGCGAUCUUUAUCAAGGGAAAGACUUCAAGAUUCUCGUUGAAGUCAAGGGAGAACAGAUCUGUGCUCACUUAGUGGCAGCGACUCUCGAAGAGAAAGCAGCUUGGACCUCCGAACUAGCUCAGUGUAUGGAGAGCGCCGCGUUGACAGAACUGCUUAGAGCUUGCGGUUCGUGUGGCGCCGCCUCCGCCAGUCUGCCCGCCUGCCGGUCCGACCGAGCUCUAUUCACUGAUGACGUCGACAUACGGUUCAGCAGGACACUGAAUUCAUGCAAGGUGCCACAGAUCAGAUCGGCCACCCCACAACGACUUUUACAGCGGCUUACUGAUCUCCGCUUCCUCUCCGUGGACUUUCUAAACACGUUUCUACUGACGUACCGCGUGUUCACCGACGGUGUGACGGUGCUGGAGGCUCUGAAGCAGGUGUUCUACGAGCAGUCAGCCCAGGAGUUGGAGCUGGCUCCACCGCCUGAUGCUACGCGGAAGACCAGCGCGGCCAGCUCUCGGAUAGACUCCAAGAACAUGAAUGCGGUAGCAGCCAUCACGAAGAAGGAAAAGCUGGUGGACCAGAGCGAUGAGGAUAUUAAGAAUAAGGAGGAGGAACAGGAGAAGCAUAAGAAAGAGAAGAAAUUCAAGAUAUGGCAGAGCGAGUCCGCACAAUGUCGCAAAGUCCACGGCGCUUACUGCCUGCAGCCACGUCGGCCUCAGAGGCACGGCGCCGCUCCGAAGGUGCGCGGGAGGCCGCCGCCGCCGCUGAAGAGAGCCGGCGGGCUUCGGAUACAGGACGGUACACACCUCGGCGCUCAGUCAGCGAACGUCGCUUCACCAACUCUUCGUUCAACAGCGAGAGGCGGCGCUACUGGGGUGGCUCGGAGCCACGCUCCUCUGUCACUUCGCAGGUGUCCCAAGUACAGACUGUUCGAACAACAACAUGAGGUUCACAUUAAUAACUAUUUAUCUUGUCUCAUCACGAUCAGACACUGGAUCUCCAAGCAUUCCUCCGACUUCUGGUCAGACGAGCGUCUCCGCGGUCUCACCAUGGACUUCCUGAAGGAGAUCGAGGCCAGUCCAGGAUUGUUGCCAGCUGAACACAAGGCAGCUGCUCAGCUGCUGAGGCUGUUGGAACGGUCACCUGACAGGGCAGUGGAUUUGAAAGCUCUGUUUGCUCCGCCUCCAGUACCAACUAAAGAAAGCGUGGAGACUCUGUCAGCACUAGAGAUAGCUGAGCAAAUGACGUAUUUGGACUAUCAGAUCUUUAGCUCCAUUCACAGCGAAGAAUUCCUGGGGCAAGCGUGGACGAAGGCCGACAAGGCCGAACGAGCGCCACACAUCCUGCUGAUGACAUCACACUUCAAUCACAUCUCCAACCUCGUCAUCUCGGAAAUCCUCAAGAAAUAUACUUUAGCAGGACGCGUGGCCGCCAUUGAAAAGUGGGCAGCAGUAGCCGACAUCGCGCGUUGUCUCCAUAACUUCAACGGUGUGCUGCAAGUGUGCGCUGCGCUGUCUAACACAUCGGUGUAUCGUCUCAAAAAGACUUGGGAGAAGGUUUCCAAAACUAGCAAACAGACGAUUGAAAAGAUGCAGACUAUCAUAUCGUCUGAAUGUCGGUUCCGAAUUUUAAGAGAUGCCCUUCACAGAUGCGAUCCGCCGUGCAUCCCGUACCUGGGUAUGUACCUGUCGGACCUCUCUUUCAUCGACGAGGGCACAACCAACUACACUCCUGAUGGCCUGCUCAACUUUUCCAAGAUGCGCAUGAUUGCGCACGUUAUUCGAGAAAUAAGAAACUGCCAGCAAACACCGUACAAGAUAGAUCACAUUCCAAAAGUCUGCGACUUCCUCCUCGACCGCAACCUCGUGAUCCCUGAAGAGCGGCAAUACACGCUCUCUCUGGAGCUGGAGCCCCGCGUGGCGCGCGGCUCGGCGGCCGGGCUGCACUCGCACUCGGCGGCGCCCGCGUCGCCCGGCUCCUAG